GCCAUUUCCGAGCUUCAUCUUCAUCUUCUCCUCCCCGUCCCUUUAUUUAUAAUGACUUCUCUUGACUUGCUCUGCUGAAAUUUUUUGCUCAACAGCGGCCGAAAAAAUGGAGAUCGCUAGCAUGAGCUCUCUUCUGCGUGGUCGAUGGCUUGAUAGCUAUUUUGAAGCCAUCUUACGGUCGCCGGAGCCUGAACGGAAGAAAUACGCCGCCAGCGGUGACAAGCAGCAGGAGCUUCGAUCUCGGCCGUCGGUUUCCGCGGACGGCGAGGUCGAAUUUGUGGACGACGAUCGUUGGAUUACUGUUUUGAUUUCGGUGUUCAGGAUUGUGGCUUGUGUGGUGACGAUGUUGGCGACGACGAUGUUUUGGACCAUGGUCAUGCUGGUGCUCCUACCUUGGCCUUACCUCAGGGUCCGGCAGGGGAAUCUCUACGGACACUUUACUGGCAGGCUGAUGAUGUGGAUUCUAGGAAACCCCAUAAAAAUAGAAGGUUCUGAAUUUUCCAACACCAGGGCUAUCUACAUAUGUAACCAUGCAUCGCCUCUCGACAUUUUUCUCGUCAUGUGGUUGGUUCCAACCGGCACUGUGGGUAUUGCCAAAAAAGAGAUAAUAUGGUACCCAAUGUUUGGCCAACUAUAUGUGUUGGCCAAUCAUCUCCGUAUCGAUCGAUCCAAUCCAAUGGUUGCAAUCGAGUCCAUGAAAAAGGUCGCUCAGGCCAUUGUCAAGAAAAAUCUAUCCUUGAUAAUUUUUCCAGAGGGAACUCGGUCGAAGACCGGAAGGCUUCUUCCCUUCAAGAAGGGAUUUGUCCACAUAGCAUUGCAAUCCAGGUUGCCAAUAGUCCCAAUGGUCCUGACAGGCACUCAUGUAGCCUGGAGGAAGAACAGCCUCCGCGUGAGACCCGCCCCACUCAAAGUAAGAUAUCUGCCACCAAUUAAAACCAGUGAUUGGGAAGAAAAAUAUAUUCAUAAAUAUGUAGAGAUGGUGCAUAAUUUAUACUUACAACACCUUCCAGAAUCCCAAAAGCCUUUGUUAACAGAAGGGGAGAAUGAUAGAAGGGAAUCUUAAUCUUAGUUUUGUUGAUAAUGAUUAUAUCACUAUAGAUGUAGUCUUUUGCUGGUAUUGCUAGUCUGGUUUUCUCUUGGCCAAGAGUUUCAAUUGCUUCUCUCUUUUUAUGAAUGUAUAUUAUAUUGAAACCCCUCCCUGAAUCACCAUCUUGGAAAUAAAGUGAUUUUGUUGAAACUGGAAGCUGGCAAGGAUUUUAAUUCCUGUUGAUUGAAGUUUGUAGGGAUAUCUCCCAUUUAAUUUGACUUUGGUUUUUAUGUUUUUGUU